AUGAUGCGUCACGAGAUCACAGUAAAGGUAAAGACAACGUCGAUGCCGCAACCACACGAACCCAAUUACUUUGGUGAGGAUGUUGCCGAGAAGUUUCCCAACGAGGGAAAUGGUGAGCCUCGCCUUCCCAAUGCUACAGAAGGCGGCGAAGGACGAUCGGAGAAGUAUUUGCCUUGCUCGGAUGUGGAUGAUGCAGCCGAAGAAGAAGAUAUCCAGAGUGAAGGCAACCUUUGGGUGCUUGAAAAUGCCAAUCUUCCCAAGUGCGCAUUUAAUGUCUUCAAGGCGAAUGUGGCGUCUGGCGUGUUUCUGCUGCCCACUUUUUACAAGGAUUCUGGAUAUAUUAUGUCUCCAAUUUUUUCCUUGCUCAUCGGGGCUAUUGUUGUGGAUUGUUCCCGACUGCUGGUCCGUGCCAAAACAAAGGUAAACCGAGGAUCUGUUUCGGAUUAUGCGCAGCUUUGUGAUUUUGUUCUCGGAAAACCUUUUCGAUACAUUCUUUUUGUGGCCUUGCUAUUGACACAAUAUGCCUUUUUGCUUGCUUUACCUGCAGCUUUCUGCAGGUGUCAUGGCAAGAAUUGUGCCAGCGUUUUCAGGAAAUGUGUAUGUUUGGAUAACCGUUAUGUUUGCCAUUGUUUUGCCUAUGACUUUUUUAAGCGAGAACCUGGCGUUCCUUGCGGUUGUAGCCAUUGUUUCCACUGUAUCUGUGGUUUUUGCGCUAGUUGCUACGAUGAUUGUGUCAUUUAUUAA